GUUCUGCUUGCAUGUACAGUGCUGGGUGGUGUAGGGACGCGCUGACAAGUGCAACAAUAUUCAUAGACGAUUUAAACCUUAAAAAUAUAUCUAUAUAUAUAUAUAGAGGGGGAAACAAGGAGAACGAAACGUCUAUUAUAAAUAACCUCGAAACAAGACAAUACUGUUUGUUCAGUUUCCCUUCACACUGGGAGCCUGUGACGAUGUCGUAUUUAUACCUUUUUAAAUACAUUAUUAUAGGAGACACAGGUGUGGGUAAGUCUUGCCUGCUUCUACAGUUCACAGACAAGAGGUUUCAGCCAGUUCAUGAUCUCACUAUAGGGGUUGAGUUUGGAGCAAGAAUGAUAGACAUCAAUGGGAAACAGAUCAAACUUCAAAUCUGGGACACUGCAGGGCAGGAGUCAUUCCGAUCCAUCACCCGCUCGUACUACAGAGGGGCUGCGGGGGCCUUGCUGGUGUAUGACAUCACCAGAAGGGAGACGUUUAACCAUUUAACCUCCUGGCUGGAAGACGCCAGACAGCAUGCCAGCUCCAAUAUGGUGAUCAUGCUGAUCGGAAACAAAAGUGACCUGGAAUUGCGGCGAGAUGUCGGGAGGGAGGAGGGGGAGGCGUUCGCCAGGGAGCACGGCCUGAUCUUCAUGGAAACAUCGGCCAAGACUGCAGCCAAUGUGGAGGAGGCAUUUAUAGACACUGCCAAAGAGGUAUACCAUAAGAUCCAGCACGGGCUAUUUGAUGUAAACAACGAGGCAAACGGUAUUAAGAUUGGACCUCAGCACUCACCGUCUCAGAUGGACCGAUCUGGAACAUACCAAAAACCAUCUGAAGCAGGGGGGGACUCCGGUUGCUGCUAGACUGUACCAUUUAAAAUUUAAAAUGCCUUUCUCUCCCCUCUUCCCCUCGAAUAUAAAAUAAAUAAAAUGCCUUUCCCUUUUAAGGGAUUAUAUUGCAGUGUCAAACAGGACUGUGGGGCUCUGUCUGUCUGCAGCUUUAAUGAAACUAGACUCUGUUAGAUUGUAGUAAACUAACACAGACACCAAGAAGGGAUUCUAUUGUAGAGUCAAACUGAACAGGAUUGUGGGGCUCUGUAGCUUUAAUGCAACUAAACUCUUUUCAGAAUGUAGUAAACUAACACAGACACCAAGAAGAAGGGAUUAUAUUGUAGCGUCAAACUGACACUUUAAUAUACAAAUAUGUGGGCUUUAAAUUAAGCUGUGGUUUUUAUUUGUUAUUGUAUUAUAGUACUGUUUUUAUUAUGUUUAACAUGGAAGUGUACAUACAUUAAAAUGGUUCAACGUUAUUAAUUGUUUAAUUUUUAAUGAUCUGUAGAAUGCCCCUGUGCUAUACGACGCUUCCAUUAAAAUAUGAACAGAGUAUAAGAAAUAAACAAGUCAAUAUGCUUCCUGUAUUACAUACAUUACUGGAGGAAUAUGAUCUUUUCAAUAAAGAAAAUUAUUUAAAUUUCAAACUUCUUGUUGUUGAUAAAUGAAAUGGUAGCUGUAUCAGUCCAGAGAUGAAGGGGACGUGAUACCGUUUAUUGGACUAACUAUUUGUACCUUAAAGUCCUCAAUAACUAUAGGCCAAUCUCCAACCUACCAUUCUUAGAUAAGGUUCUAGAGAGAGUCGUUGCAAUUCAAUUACAAACAUUCCUAACUGUUAAUGGAAUAUUCGAGAAGUUUCAUAAGAACGUUUACAAACGAGAGGAGGCCAUUCAGCCCAUCUUGCUCGUUUGGUUCAGUCUGGUUUUCGUGCUGCACAUAGCACUGAGACGGCCCUUGUCAGAGUUGUGAAUGAUCUGCUGAUAAGCUCCGACUCGGGCUUUCCAUCAGUUUUAAUUCUUCUAUAUUUUAAGUGCUGCCUUUGAUACUGUAGACCAUUCCAUCCUACUGAAUCAUCUUGAAAGCACAGUAGGACUGUCUUAUCCUGGUUCAAAUCUUACCUUCCUGAUAGGUUUCAGUUGGUCUCUAUUGGGAGGUAAAAUCUGCAUUAUCGGAAGCUGUCUGUGGUGUUCCACAGAGCUCCAUUCUAGGUCCCUUGCUGUUUUCAUUAUAUAUGCUAUCGUUAGGUGACAUUAUCCGCAGACACGGAGUGAACUUCCAUUGCUGUGCUGAUGAUACCCAGCUAGAUUUGUCCCUAAAGCCAGGAAUGUCUUCUGCCUGGGUGUUAUUAGCUACUUGCCUUACCGACAUCAAGCAUUGGAUGUCACAGAAUUUUCUAAUGUUGAAUUCAGAUAAAACAGAGGUUAUGCUAGUGGGCUGACAGAACCAACUAAAAGGAAAUGUGGGAUUACAUGAGCUCGACCCUUCCAGUCUCUCACCAAAACUUAAACUAGAAAUUAAGAGUUUGGGGGUCAUCUUUGAUCCUGAUCUCUCAUUUGAAACUCAUAUUAGGUAAGUUACUAAAGUAUCUUUUUACCAUUUGAGAAAUAUAGCCAAACUCAGAUCAAUUAUUUCUGCAUCUGAUGCCGAGAGACUAAGGCAUGCCUCUGUUUCAUCUAGAAUUGAUUAUUGUAAUGCACUUUUCUCUGGUGUCCCAAAACGUGUGGUAUCCCGCUUGCAGCUUGUUCAGAAUACCGCCGCUAGAAUUCUGACAAAAACCAGGGAAAGUGAACAUAUUACCCCUGUUCUGGCCUCUUUACACUGGCUUCCUGUGCAGUAUAGAAUUGAUUUUAAGAUGUUGCUGUUAACUUACCCAUUAAGGCCCUGAAUGGAUUAGCACCUAGUUAUCUGCUGGUUAUUCACAGGGUCAACAAAAGCAACACAGGAGGUAGGGCAUUAUCUCGAAGAGCUCCGAAAUUCUGGAAUGCUCUGCCUUCGUUUGUCAGGGAAGCUGGGACCGUUACAGUUUUCAAGUUAAGACUAAAAUCUUAGUGGGUUUUAAUGUAACUUUAAAACUGCUGCUUUUGUAUUAUGUGUAUACUGUUAUUUAAAUGUGUUAUUUAAAUGGUCUGAUUGUGUCAGUCGUAUGAGUGACAUGCUAUACAAAUGUAUUGUGGUUUGUUCUUUUU